AUGAAUCCGAUGAGUUCUGCAUCUGAAAUGACAGAAAAAGAACUUACCUUGAAUGGCCAACUCCAAGUCAGUCAAGAAAACGUCUUUGCCCAUCAUGAAUCUGAAGGGGUUUCAACAGAAUUGAAGUUGGGUUAUGGUUCUUGCAUCACCACAGAGAGGGAAUUAAGUGAAAACUUGGUCAGUUUCUCUCUUUCAGAGACAGCUCGCGCAAUCAAAAGAAUGAAACUUGAAGAAGGAGAAGGGCCUAACAGUGUGUCAUUGGAGUUGAAGGUUGGCUUAUUUGAUCCUUGGGUUAUCAGGAAGAGGAUCACGUUUAGUGAUAUUAACGUCGUAAAGUCCAGGCUCUUGUUACCAAAAUACUUGGUUGAGAAGCAUAUUUUGCGACAAUGGGAAGCAAGCAUUGAAAACAUUAAGAAUAAUGGGGUUCGAGUUGCUGUUUGGGAUUGUGAUACCAAGUCCGAACAUCAAUUGCUGUUCAAACAGUGGGGUAAUGGGACUUAUGUACUCAUUGAAAACUGGAAUAUGGGAUUUGUGAGGAGGAGGGGCCUGAAGGAAGCUGAUGAGAUUGGACUUUACUGGGAUCAAAGCAAUUCAAGAUUCAGUUUUACCAUUCUCAAGCAGGCUUUAAGCAAUUAG